CCAAUAAUUUUCAAGAUAUAUCCGUCUCUCUCCUUUCCCCAGAGGAAGAGUGUCCAUGGAUAAGCCACUGUCAAAGAUAACACUCGAAAUGCCUUCUCACACGCGCCCCCACGCACCGCCGUCGCCACUGCCUUUCCAUUUAUUUCCGGCGAGGAUAUCAAAAAUUCUUUCUUUAGAACAUUCCAAAUUUUUGCUGGCCUCUUCUUCCAAACCCAUCUUUAAAGGUUCGCUACACAAGAACAGAGUCCAUUCUAUCUCUCAUGCCAUAUUCUCAAAGCUAGAAGUUAUAGCUGAUGCGGACAAUGAGAGAGAGGGGGAGACAUCUGAUAUUGCUAAACUGAAGCGAAAAGUUGAGGCCCUUGGAAUAAAAACUUAUUCUUGUAUACCUGGGUUAUAUGAUCAUUUAAUUUGUCCCGAGUGCAACGGUGGAGGAUCAAUGGAGAGGAGUCUAUCAUUUCAUAUUAGCCAAAAUCGGAACUUUGCAAUGUGGAGAUGUUUUCGUCUAGAAUGUGGAUGGGCAGGCCAGGUAUUUGCAGACAACAGAAAAUUUUCUCCUGGUGUCCAUCAACUUGCCAAAAUCAAUUUCCCUAGGUCAUCAUUGACAGAGGAAAGCCUAAGGCUUGAGCCAUUGGGUGAUGAGCUGCUUACAUAUUUUGCUGAAAGAAUGAUAUCCAAGAAAACACUGGAGAAAAAUUAUGUUAUGCAAGUUGCAGGUGGUCGGAAAAUCAUUGCCUUUACUUAUAGAAGAAACGGACUGCUCGUGGGCUGCAAGUACCGGACAGUUGACAAAAAGUUUUGGCAGGAAAAAGGUACUGAAAAAAUAUUUUAUGGACUUGACAAUAUAGCAGAUGCAGACGAGAUAAUUAUUGUUGAAGGUGAAAUGGAUAAGCUGUCAAUGGAAGAAGCUGGUUUUUUCAAUUGUGUUAGCGUUCCUGAUGGUGCACCACAGACAGUUUCCCUCACAGAACUACCAUCUUCAGAGAAGGAUAACAGAUUCCAGUACCUAUGGAACUGCAAAGAUUAUCUUGACAAGGUUUCUCGGAUAAUCUUGGCAACUGAUGGUGAUAUACCUGGCCAAGCUUUAGCUGAGGAGCUCACUCGUCGCCUUGGAAGAGAAAGGUUACAAUGCACCAACUUAUCGCAGUUCAAUUCAAAGAAAUCUUGCUGCACAUUGCGUGUAUCUUUUUUCGAUGCUGGCAAGUAAAUUGGCCGAAGAAAGAUGAGUUCAACUCUUUUAAAGAUGCAAAUGAGGUUCUCAAAUAUCUAGGCACGGAUGCUUUGAGAGACGUGAUUGACAAAGCAGAAGUGUAUCAGACACACGACUGGAACUAAUCAGCUUGAUUUAUCUACGAGCUAGUACGUCUACGCAGUAUAAGAGGAGGAUUCACCAGUUUGGUCUAGAAAUGUAAUGCUAAAUGUUUGUUGUGUAGAUUCAACCACGAGAAUGUUGUGGUAUUAUUUUCUGCAUCUAGGAAUUUUCUUUUGGGCUUUAGCAUGGAAAUCCAGGCGAUCGGAAAAUAAAAAAAUGGUUAAGAUAUUCAAAUCAUUAUGUGUCUAUAUACUGGUUUAUCAAGAAUAGACAAGAAAUGCUUGAUGAAAGAUUCUUGUGACUCGUCUUCUGAUUGAUGCAAGGCAGGAGAAAGUUCGCAUCUUUUAACUGUAAUCAGGGAGAAAGUCUCGAUUGAAAUCUAAAUUACGUUUUUAUCAUAAUUAUUUUUUAUUUUUUA